AUGAGCGGGACUCCUCGAUUGCGGUCUGGGUACCCCUCGACUCCGGGUACCACAGCUCCGCGACGCAAUAUUCUUCAACAAACGCCCAGCACCAUCGGCUCCGUGUCCUCCGCGGGGAGCUUCAACAGGUCGGCCACGCUCCCGCUUGCCCCCGAAAAGGCGCUCGCACAGAAUCAGUCUGGACAGCCCCUCAUCCCUCUGACCCUGCUCGACGCUCCCCAGCAACGCUUCUACGCCUUUGCCAUUUACGUACUGCUGUGGGCUUGGAAGCUCUAUGACUGGCUCCAGGUCGUCGAAGAGGGCGAAAGCUCUUGGUUGCUGUUUUUCAAAUGGAUCUUCAUCGACUUUGCCUUCUUGUUCGGACUGCCAGAGCUCCGUAUACCUUGGCUGGAGCUCUCCCAGUUUCUCGUCACCAGCGUUUUCAUGUCGCAUUUCGUCAUCAACUACAUGUUGAUGUUCAAUAUCCCUCUUCCUUGGCAAUCCUUCUUUCUCGGCCUCGCCAAAGUUCUCUACGACCGUGAACUAUCCAUUUCCGAGCAAAAUGUCAAAAUCUCCAGCAUCCUAAACAACCACUCUUUAAUCAUGGGAAAACAAAUCAUCAACAUUCUUCCUGAAGGCUCCGCGGUCCUCAAUCCUGAGCAGAAGCCGUACUGCAUCGCUGCCAAGUCCAAGACCGGCGUUGUGCUGCCCAUCUACUUCAACGCCACUAUUCCAGCCGAAAUCGAGCUUAUUCGAAUCGAUCUCGACACGAACAAGGAAGAAAUAAUCAAAGUCUCCAACCGCGAUGUCGGCAAGCUGGCUAAGCAAAUCCGAGAGCAAAGUAUAGACCCUAACAUGGUCGGCUUUCAAUGGGAUUACAACGUCAGGCGACCCGGUGUGUAUCGGCUGGGCAAGGUGCUGGACGAGUAUAAACUCGAGAUCCAGCGCGGUGUCAAAGAUACGUAUGUUGUGCCCUGUCCACAGGCCAAAAUCAUGACUGCCGAUUCUUCUCAGCGCUGCAUUCGUGAUCUGUCCGACCUGUCACUCGAAGUUGUCGGCACGCCUCCGCUGAAGAUCGUCUACAGCCGAACAAUCAACGGUAAGAACCAUGGUUUCCACUUUCAGAGCCUGCAGCCGGACGGAUUCAGCUCGCCACUUCUGGGCUCUACGGCCGAUGUUCUACGCGAUGGUGAAGAAGACAUCUCGUGGGUUCGUCCGGCUCACGUCACUGUCAGCUUGAACGAGUCCAUGGCCACCUCUGGUGAGUGGGAAUACUCCGUCGAUGAAGUUCACGAUGCAUUUGGCAACUCAGUCAAGUACGCCGAAAGCGUUGACGACCUCGCCCACUCUGGUACUCGUGGCCUCGUUCAGAAGUUUUCUGUCAAGGAGCGCCCCAAGGUUAAAAUGCAAGGCUGCGAUCUGCGAAAUGCUUUAAAAGUUGCCAAAGGCACUCAAUCCAAACUUCCCAUCUCGUUCCAGGUGACUGGAGGCGCCCCAGACACAGCCUACAAAGUGCAAUGGAAAUUUUCGCCCAUCGAUACACUCACCAACAACGGCGACCAUGGCGACAAGAGCACUCUCGGCAGCCAUACAGCUAAAAACUCAGGCGAUAAGCCGAGCGUGUCUGCACCAGGUCUUUACACUCUGACCACCAUCUCCAGUGGUUCCUGCGAAGGCGAGGUCGACGAGCCUUCCUCUUGUCUUCUUUUGAACCCCUUGGAACCACACCUCUCUGUUCGCGCUGAAGAGAUCCCUGACAAGUGCGCUGGGAACGCCAUUGGGUUGCGUGUCGACCUCGAUCUUGUCGGCACACCACCAUUUCUUGUUCGCUAUGACAUUAUUGGCAGCGACCAUCAUGUCGAGACCAGGAUGCAUAGGGUGGAUGGCCUGCGCUCUCAGUUGGAACUCAUUCCCCAGGAAGCUAGUCGCCAGAAAUAUGUGUUCAAGUCGAUCGACGAUGCUGUAUAUCGCAACAUUCCCCUUACUGGUCAGGACAAAACACUGGAGCAAGAAGUCAAACCUGCCGCCAACGCAGUCAUUGCUUAUGGCCCCAGCAGCAUCAAUACUUGCCUGGACUCAAACAUUGAACUACCCAUCGUCCUUGGUGGGGAACCGCCUUACAACCUUGAAUGGGAAAUUAUCCACGAUGGCAAGCGCAAAACAGAGCGCGUCAAUGACCUCAAUUCCGACCGAUAUACGAUCAAGACGUCUAACUUCACUAAGGGUGGAGAGUACAUUCUUGCACUUAGCAGCAUUAAAGAUCAGCGAGGGUGCCGAUCUUUCCUCCAAGACCAAAUGAAGAUCAACGUGCGCCGCCAGCGACCGCGCGGUGCUUUUGGUUUGAUUGAGCAGAAGCCGAGCGUAAUGGCUGUUGAGGAUACGACCCUUCGCCUACCCCUCCGACUUCAAGGAGAUGGCCCGUGGACUGUUUCCUAUAGAAACCUGAAUGAUUCUUUGGGAACAAUCACCAAGAAGAUUGAUAGCCCCAAUGGAUUCCUGAUGGUGAAAACCCAAGGCGUGUACGAGCUAUUGGAUAUUCGAGAUCGCAACUGCCCUGGUACUGUCGAACCUGCUGGGUCGACUUUCCAAGUAGGCUGGUUCCCUCGACCCGAAAUUUCCAUGAUCGAAACGGACAGCGUCAGCAUGACGGGUGGUGUGUUUGUGAAGCAGGAGGUUUGCGAAGGAGACAUAGAUGGCUUUGAAGUUAAUCUGCAGGGCUCACCACCAUACCACGUCGAGUACGAGGUUCAGCAGCGUUCUCCUCAAGGAUCCAAGGCAAUCAGCCGAAGAGAUUUUGACGCCGCGCUCUCCAAGGCGGCCAUUUCCAUGGACACCAGCAAGGCUGGCGAAUAUACUUACAAGUUCCAUGGGCUUGCUGACAACCUAUACAAUGUCGAUCAAAAGUCCAAGACGCUUACCGUGCAGCAGCACGUCAAUGCCAAGCCGGCCGCCACAUUCGCCAAGCCCGGACAAAGCUUCAAGUUUUGCAUGGAGGAGCAGGAAUACGAGGAUAAUAUUCCCAUCACGCUCACUGGCAUAGCGCCAUUCUUUGUUGAACUUGAAAUCAAGCACCAAGCGGGCUCGCCCGCCGAGACGUACCACUUGCCGUCGAUCAGCUCCAACUCGUACGCGAUGCAGAUUCCUAGAAAACAUUUGCGUCUGGGCUCGCAGCAGCUCCGCAUCCGACGCGUGCGCGAUUCCCGCGGCUGCCAGCAAAAGUAUGAGGUGGGCGGCCCCUCGAUCCAGAUCCAGCUCUACGACGCGCCGUCCAUCUACCCGCUCGAAUCGCGGCAGGACUACUGCGUGGGCGAGCGCAUCGCCUACACGCUCUCGGGCACGCCGCCCUUUGACAUUUCCUACGAUUUCAACGGCAAGUGGAACGCAAAGUCGCAGACGACGAGCUUCCGGCGCGUGGCCGAGAAGCCAGGCGACUUUGUCAUUACGCGCAUCGCGGACAAGGCGAGCGAGUGCCGCGCGGCGGUGAACCUGCCUAAGACGAUUCACCCGCUGCCGAGCGUGCAAAUCAGCCGUGGCCAGCAGUCGCGCGUUGACAUCCACGAGGGCGGCGAGGUGGACAUUUUAUUCGAGUUUUGGGGCACCCCGCCCUUUGAGUUUACCUUUACGCGCAGCACCAAUGCGAAAAAGGGCCACCGCAGUGUGCUCCUCGAGACGCGCCACGACAUCUCCUACGAGCAUUCCAAGGUUGUCAAGGCCUCACAGGAGGGGACGUAUGAGGUCGUCGCCAUCAAGGACAAGUUUUGCUCGUACUCGACGCAGCAGACUGACAAGCGUGACAAGAAGUAG